CAAAUAAAUAAAACACUGACACACAAGACAAUGUUGCUCCUGAUGGCAGGUGAGCGCCUGGCCAUUGGUGCGUGUCUGCGUGCGUGUGUGUAUGUGCGUGCGUGUGUGUGCGUGUGCGUGUGUGUGUGAAUGAGAAACAGUAAAUGCAUCAUCAUCUUGCCAGAGAUGUCCCAAACUACCAAAUAUAAAAAUCAAACAUUUAGUCAUAAUGGUGUCAUACUUCUUUAGAAUAUGAAAUAAAUAUUUAUUUCUUUUUUAAAAAUUUUUUUCUUUACACGUACUGUACUGUACAUAAUCAACACCUUAAGACUUUCAGAAAUGUAUCUUGUGCCGGGUAUUUUGUUUAUUAACGAAAUAAGAAAAGCUCAGGCAGUGUGAAAACUGCCCCAGUAUAGGCUACAGUAUCUGAUUCACGUGCGUCGGAUUUAUUCACACGCCCGUUCACUCUCGUACUUCCAUUGCGAUUCCUCCUUCAUCCGUCCCAUUCACGCGUCAUCGCGUUUCCUCAGAGGGGAAGGGCGCGUACACACGUUGGGGCGGUCCAUUUAACAACGAUGGGAAUAAAAACAGGACCAUGGAAAGAACACAGGACACAGAACAGCAACUUAAAGGAAGACGUCGAAAAGCGAGGACUGCGAACUGGCCGUGGAACAAGGGGAGAUAGUUCAUGACAAUGCAGUGGUGUUGGCACAUGAAGCGGCACGAGACGGGAGUACGCCGGGCUACCGGAUUCCUGAUGGUGAUGCUCUGGCUCCAAGCAUCGCUACGCGUCACUGAGGCAGCAAUUAUUCCGAAGCAAUCAGAGGGCCAUGAUUACCAGACAGAUGUUCAGAGAUAUGUAGCUGUCCACCCAUCGAAGAAUACGAGACGUGCUGCAGAUACAGUGCGACUUCAGACUGCAGUUGGACCAGAUGGGAAAGUGGUUCCAACUUUAUAUGAGAACGAAAUUUACAUUUGGCAGACACACACUAUCAAUGGAAACCUAUUCAAACUGGAGGACAACGGCACGUCCCUUGUUGUGUCUAAGAAAGGCCUAUACUUUGUGAAUCUGAGAAUGGGCUACUAUAUUCCUGAUAUGCAUACAUGUACGAGCAAUUUGUUUUUGAGUACCUCUAUUAAGCAGCACCAUACUUCAUACACGAAAUGGAUAGAUGUCAUAAACAGCAAAGACACGAUGCAAUGUGUGGACUACUGGCAUCAGUCUGUUAGUUUAAGUCAAGUGGUCAGGUUUGAGAAAGGAACAAAGCUAAGAGUUCUCAUAGACCCAGUGAACUAUCCUUAUAUAAUUGGGGAUACCAGCACUUUCUUCAGUGUCACUCGUCUGUAG